AUGGAGCGGAGCGCGGGCCCCGCGUGGCGGCGUCUGCGGGGCGGCGGGCACCGGGACCGCGACCGGGACCGCGACCGGGACCGGCGCCACCCGCCGGCGCGGGACGAGGGCGGCCGCGAGGCGGGCGGGCGGCAGGCGGGCGGGCCGCGGCGGCGGCGGGCGCUGGCGCUGCCCGAGGCGCGGGGGGCGGCGGCGGUGCUGCUGUACCUGCUGGCGCUGCGGGCCCUGGUGCAGCUCUCGCACCGGCAGCUGCUGAGCCAGCCGAGCCCCGCCGGGCCCCGCCGCUUCAGCGCCCCCCGCGCCAGGGGAUAUCUUGACAACAUAACAGCAAUUGGGCCCAGGACAGUUGGAAGUCCAGAAAAUGAAGUUCUUGCAGUUAACUACCUCUUAGAGCACAUUAGGGCAAUAGAAAGAGAAAGCACAGAUGCCCACAAGAUAUCUGUAGACAUACAGAGGCCCACAGGCUCCUUCAGCAUUGACUUUUUAGGAGGCUUUACUAGUUACUAUGCAAACAUAACCAAUGUUGUAGUGAAGCUGGAACCCCGAAAUGGAGCUGAGCACGCAGUGUUAUCCAAUUGUCACUUUGAUUCCGUACCAAAUAGCCCGGGUGCCAGUGAUGAUGCUGUUAGCUGUGCAGUGAUGCUUGAAAUACUUAGCACACUUUCAAAAUCAUCAGAGCCCCUACAGCAUGCUGUCAUAUUCUUAUUUAAUGGUGCAGAAGAAAAUAUUCUACAGGCUAGUCAUGGCUUUAUUACACAACAUGAGUGGGCCAAGUCAAUUAGAGCUUUUAUUAACCUGGAGGCAGCAGGUGUAGGAGGAAAAGAACUUGUUUUUCAAACAGGACCUGAGAAUCCUUGGUUGGUACAAGCAUAUGUAGUUGCAGCCAAACAUCCCUUUGCCUCUGUGGUGGCACAGGAAAUAUUUCAGAGUGGUAUUAUCCCAGCAGAUACAGACUUCCGGAUCUACAGGGACUUUGGCAAUGUUCCAGGAAUAGAUUUGGCUUUUAUUGAAAAUGGCUACAUUUAUCACACAGAAUAUGACACAUCAGACAGAAUUUUAACAGAUUCCAUCCAGAGAGCCGGUGACAAUAUUCUAGCUGUCUUAAAAUACUUGGCAACUUCAGAUAAGUUGACUAAAUCUUUUGAGUAUCGACAUGGAAAUGUUGUGUUCUUUGAUGUACUCGGCUUAUUUGUCCUUGCAUAUCCAGCUCGUGUUGGCACCAUCAUGAACUAUAUUACAGCAGCAAUGGCUUUUCUUUAUUUAGGCAAGAAAGUAUUACAGCCCAAAACCAGAGCCAUUCAUAACCUGAAGAAAAUUUUUACUGCAUUUGGCUUAACACUGCUAAGCUGGGUCUGCACGCUGGUGAUGGUCCUUCUUGUGGCAGUGUUUGUCUCUGUCAUUGGACGGUCUCUUUCUUGGUACACCCAUUUCUAUGUUUCUGUGUUCCUGUAUGGAACUGCAGCUGCAGCUAAGCUCAUUCUUGUACAUAGGCUAGCCAAGAAGUUGUUCUACAAGAGUAUGAAUGAGCAGUAUCUGGGAGAUAUUUUUUUUGAUGCUUCAUUGAUGAUUUGGUCUGUAGCCUUGGUUGUGAUAACUCAGAGGGGCAUUUGUUCAGCAUUUAUUUGUACAUUAUGGGUAGCAUUUCCUUUACUCACUAAGCUGAUCAUCCAUAAAGAAUUCAGCCAAAAAGGUGCCACAAUGAAGUUUGUCAUGAUGUACAUGCUGGGAAUGUUUGUUCCUUAUCUGUAUAUGAUGUAUCUUACUUGGACUGUAUUUGAAAUGUUUACACCUAUCAUGGGACGAAGUGGUUCAGAAAUUCCUCCAGAUGUGGUGUUGGCAGGAUUUAUUGUGGUCAUCACUAUAAUUCUGUCAUCCUAUUUUAUUAACUUCAUUUACCUUGUCAAAAGCACAAAAGCGACAUUAAUAACUUUAACUGCUGUGUUUGUAGUCACUCUGAUUCUCGUGUGUAGUGGAAUCUUCUUCCCUUACAGUUCCAAUGCAGCUAAUCCAAAGCCUAAGCGCGUCUUUCUCCAGCACACAAGCAGAAGAUUUCAUGAUUUAGUUGGAAAUGUGGUUAAAAGUGACUCUGGUAUAUGGAUUAAUGGAUUUGAUUAUAAUGGAAUAUCUCACAUAACUCCCCAUGUACCUGAAAUCAAUGACACUAUAAGAACUCCAUGCGAGGAGCAAGCCCCUUUCUGUGGCCUUCCUUGGAUUCUGCCAGUGCAUUUCAUGUUCCGGAAAAACUGGUAUCUUCCUGCUCCGGAAAUUGUUCCAAGAAGCCCCAUUCAAUUUAGAGUUCUGUCAAAGGAGCUGAUGCCCAGGAACUCUGUGAGGUUAAGCUUUGAACUAUCUGGUCCAAGUCACAUGUCUCUGUACCUUCGGCCACAUGAAGGGUCAGCUCUGUCCACCUGGUCCCUCGGGGAUGGGGUGCCAGUUGCUAGCAUAGGAGGAGAUUACUUUGUGUUUUACUCCCACGGGCUCAAGGCUACACCCUGGCACUUCUGGAUAGAACUUACGGCCCCAGAAAAGCAUUCAGAUGGAAUAGUCUCCGUCGCCGUAGCAGCACAUUACUUUUUUGGAGAAGAUCAAAAGUCACCUCAACUCAGUGCCUUACGGGAGAGGUUUCCAGACUGGGCAUUUUCUCCUGGUUGGUCCUGCACUUAUGACCUUUUUGUCCUUUAAUGUUGACAGCAAUGCAGCACUCCUUGAGUAACCUCUCCAAUGCAGAAUGUUGUUGGAGCAAACACAUUCCAACAACAAAUACAUUCUAACAAGAUGCCAGAGACUUUUACAAGGAUUAAAAGUACUUUGGUGACAAAUGGUGUUUCUUUAGCAGUUUGACUAUUUAAAGACUACUGCUCUCUUGGGGAUACUUUGUGUCAAUGUGAGUACAGUUUACCUUGGUCCUUUCACUGAAAUGGCAGGUUGACUAGUGGGGUUUCUUAAAAUGAAAACUGCAUUUGAGGAGGUAGCAUUAGAAUAAUAUGUUGGCAAUUGUUUCAAAAGGGCCUCGUUAAAUUAUUUAGGUAUUACACAAAAUAUAACUACUUUAUGUACGUGUGGGGACUGUUCCCUGCCAAUCCUAUCUGUCCUGUUAAAGUAAGACCUUCCUCUAAAAGAAGGUUUACGUGGUGGGGGAGCAGAGGUGGUGAAGUUCUAAAUACUACUUCUGUAAUGAAAAUAGCACUGAAAGCUUUGAUGCUUGUGUAUGUUGUAUUCCCAGUCCUUGGCAGAUGCACAGUGCAGAAAAAUUUAUUCUGUGAUGGAAUGUGGUAAUUAUUUAUCUAGAUUAUAUUUUCCAAAUAAUAUGUUUCUGCCAAAAACUUAGUUCCUAUUGUUUUGCUUGUCUCUUCGGUGUUACAACUUGAGUGGGUAAGUUUGACCAAAUUAUCUUAGUUUUGUUCCUGUUGGGAUCUUUCAGUAUCUGCAUAUAAGCACAUGACUUGCUGUCUUGUAUGUAGGAGUGCUGGGUCCCCACUCCUUGAUGUGGGUGUUUUAGAAUUAAUCUACUGGAAAUAUAAAGUUAUCUUCUAAUUUAUUAGAAUUGGCAAAUUUUUGGUAUCUCCUCUGGAGAGACUUUUGGUAAUAAUGUGACAGUAUUGCACUUUGCUAGUAUGUUAACUGUUUCUUAAAAUACAGGUUGCUUUCCAUAAGGAAAAAUGCCAAGAAGAGUCAUCUUUAAAAAGAUGUCUAAUGUCUCUGGAUUGCUUUUGUUUUAUUUACACAGGAUGGGUUUUGUAAAUGACUGUGGGUGACUUAGAAUGUCUUACAGUUUUAGCUGACAAGCUUUCAGCUUUUUUUAUAGUCCCAGUUCUUUUCAGUGCAGCGUAGUACAUAAUGUUAUUUUCUCAAAUUCACAAUUCUGUGUACCUGAAGAAACUCCUUCAUGCUUUUUUCCAAACUACAUAAACUGUUCUGUGACAUCAAUAUCAUAAGGCACAUUAUGGAGAUUAGUAUUUUGUUCAUAUCAUGAGUAUUGCCAGGAUGCAUGCAAAGCAGGUUUUGUGCAUGCAUCAUCAUUUUCAAGUAAAAACAUGUUAGUACUGGGAAGUUUGCAGGGCAUGUGAAAGAAAAUUUUGUGACAGUUCAAUUUGUGUGAGCUGUGAUGAACCGCAGCUUCCUGAUCAGGUAUUUUUCCUUCAAAUUGUUCUGUAGUUGUGUACAAUAGUGGCAAGAGCCAGGUUUUUUUUGUUGCAAGGUACAUUGGCAGAGGUUGUCAACUGACUCAUGGAAUAGGGUAAGAGAUAUAAUUACUGUAAUCAUAAUGAACUGGCCAUCCGUAUCUUUAAACUAGUGGGUCUUUCUCCAUUAACAUGCAUUAAACAUCACUCACUUGAUUGUAUCUGAUUUGAAAGUACAAAGCCUGUAUUAGGCAUUAAUUGUGGGGUUUUUUUAAGUACUAUUAAUUAUUUCUAGAGUAGAAUUUUAGUUCAUAACUUGUCUUGAAUUUCAGUAAAUGUUUUGUACUGUACUUUAGGUGAUGCAUAUCUAAUUAACUAAAAACUGCACUGAUAUUUACCAUCUUCCUCAGUUUUUUUAUUCUCAUCUCGCAUUUUGCCUCCAAUUUAAAGCUUUAAAAGAGUGCUGUGUGAAGAAUUUUUACUGGGAGCCAAAAUUAUAAAAAUGCCUGUUAGCAAUUUCUGCAACUUCAGUGAAGCAAUAACUUUUGCUAACUCAGGAUUUAACCUUUAUUAAAUAAUUUAAUUACGAGGGAUGUCUGAUUUGUUGUACAUUUCUGUCUUUGGAAAUAAAAGCAAAAUUUAAUCAGUGAAACUUGAUUUUUCAGCAUCAUUAAAGGUAUAUUUGAGUUGUUUUUCUU